GUUUUAAACAGGAAGUCAUUUACAUACAGAGCGCGAUAUUCAAACAGGUACCCCGUGGAAGAGGCUGCGGCGAAUUUUUCUGCCUGAAGCAUGGCGACAGUGUUCGAAGGGAUCAGCCAGCAGCUGGACUUCUCGAGCUGUGGAGAGGAGAGCAGCAGCAGCGACAACAGCUCCGAUGACUGCCCCUUCAUCAUCAAAAGCCCCAGAAUCCACAGUCCCAGGGUCCGCAGCCCCAGGGUCUGCAGUCCCAGGGUCCGCAGCCCCAGGGUCCAUAGUCCCAGCUCUGCAUGCAGGACGCCCAGGGUACAGCGCCAUCGCAGCAGAAGCAUCACCAUACCGUCUCCUGUGCAAUGCACCAGCCCCAUUCCUUACGCUUCCUGGAGGAAACUGAGGCUCUGUGACUCUCCAAGCACACCGAAGAGUCUCCUCUCCAAAGCGUCCCAGCCGUACUCCAGCACAAAGCUAAGCCGCCAUCAGCGAACGCUGUGUUUCGUCUCGGCGGCUGCUGCUAACCACGUCCAGGCGCCGUCCGUCAACGUGAAUCCUUUCACCCCCGACACAGUCCGCAGGAGCAGCGAGCAGCAGAGGAGGAUGAGUUUUAGGAGCGAUGAUGACGACGAUUACGGGCGCAGGUUGAAACACAGUUUAACGUCAUCUGAGGAGGAUGAUGAAGCCUUUCUCCCACCAAAGAGGCGAGCCGUCCAGGCCUUCAUGCUGUCGCGCUAUGAGAGCGAGUUCCUAGAGCUGGAGUGCAUCGGCGUGGGCGAGUUCGGGGCAGUUUAUAAGUGCGUGAAGAGGCUGGACGGUUGCUUGUACGCCAUCAAGCGCUCUCACCGACCCCUGGCAGGCUCGGCCAAUGAGCAGCUGGCCCUAAAGGAAGUGUACGCACAUGCUGUCCUCGGACACCACCCACAUGUUGUCCGCUAUUAUUCAGCAUGGGCAGAGGAGCAUCACAUGAUCAUCCAGAACGAGUACUGCGAUGGAGGAAGUCUGAACGAUGCCAUCCUGAAGAAGGAGCUGCAUGGCGAGGGGUUCUCAGAGGCUCAGCUGAAGGAUCUGCUCUUACAGGUUUCUAUGGGGCUCAAAUACAUCCACAGCUCCGGCCUGGUACACCUGGACAUCAAACCAAGUAAUAUAUUUAUCUGCCAGCGCUCCAGCUCCAGUGCAGCCGGCGAGAGCGAGGAGGAGGAGGAUGGAAGCUCUUCAGCAGGCGUCAUUUACAAAAUAGGUGAUCUGGGUCAUGUCACUUCCAUAAACAGCCCUCAAGUCGAGGAAGGGGACAGCCGCUUUCUGGCCAGCGAGGUCCUGCAAGAGGAUUACAGCCAGCUCCCAAAGGCAGACAUCUUUGCUCUGGGCCUUACGGUGCUGCGAGCAGCCGGCGCUCCCCCUCUGCCCCAAAAUGGAGACGAGUGGCACAGCCUCAGACGGGGGGAGCUCCCCAGACUGCCACAGGAGCUGUCGUCUCCCUUUAAAAGCCUUCUUCAGUCGUUACUGGAUCCAGAUCUGACCAAGCGGCCGUCCACCAGAGAGCUGUGCAAGCACACAGUCUUGAGGGAGGAGCGGACCGGGCGGCUGGCUGCUCAGCUACGCAGAGAACUGAACGUGGAGAAGUUCAGGACAGCCAUGCUUGAAAAGGAGCUGGAGGAGGCUCGUCAGGCAGCUCUGUCACCGAGGCAGAACCUCUCUUUGGGGCUGAAAUCCUCAGCGAAGAUGGGCUCUCUGCCCAAGACGGGAAGGAGGCUUGUUGGUAGGAAGACUGCACGCUCCAUGAGUUUUGGUUGCUAAGUGAAAGUCUGAAAUCUGAUGGAGGCUCACAUGCUGCUCUGAAGCAACGUGACUGCAUCCAGGUUAGAUUAAAUCCAGCAGGUUUACAUGGGUUUGUCUGAACUGAAUGAAAUAACUGCAUGGACAAUCCUAAGAGUGUUGUAUUUGCAGUGGAGAGGAUGUGGUUUGUUUUAAAGACAUGAAUCACUGAUCGCAGUGGUUCUGAAGAAAUAUUCACACUAUAACACUUAAAGUCAUUUUAACUGUUUGUAACUUCUGCAUGCCUCUAACCUUCAACCAUGCAUGGACUUGUUUUUUUUAACUGUAAAUAAACUUUUAAAGCAUUUUA